AUGGGGGGAUGCUUCUCCAAACCUAAACCAGUAGAAGUAAAGGUUGAAGGUUUACCUGAAAAAGAAAGGGAAAAAGAAGAAAUGUCUCCUAAUGGGAAAGCCAGCCCUCUUGCCUACAAAGCCAAUGGGACAACUCGACACUAUCAUCAUGAGGAAAGGCCUAUUGUCCUUAAUCCAUACACAAAUCCCAAAGACAUGGUAGAAGCCUCUGUGUGCCAUGUAAAAGAUCUGGAAAUGGACAGUACGAUGCGAGAGGUUGACCUGGGAUGUGGUAAAGCUUUGCUAAUCAAGCAAAAUGGAGAAUACUAUUCAAUGGGACACAAGUGCCCACAUUAUGGAGCCCCACUAGUGAAAGGUGUGCUAUCUAGAGGCAGAGUACGUUGCCCCUGGCAUGGAGCAUGCUUUAAUAUUGCAACUGGUGAUAUUGAAGAUUUCCCAGGGCUAGAUGGUCUGCCAAAAUUUCAGGUUAAGAUAGAGAAGGAAAGAGUAUAUAUUCGUGCAAGUAAACAGGCAAGCUUUACAGUCAAAAGAAGGACCAAAGUUAUGGCAAAGUGUAUAGCACUCAGCAACUAUAGUACAGCCAUUACUAACUUGCUAUAAUUGGAGCAGGUAAAAACUGGUUUAGUGUGUGCAGAAACACUGAGACAAGAAGGCUUUUCCGACAGGAUUGUAAUGUGUACUUCUGAGAAGUAUUCUACCAUAUGAUCGGUCAAAUUAAGCAAGUAUUCAAUGGACUCUCAAGCAGAGCAAAUUUUGCUUCGAUCCAAAGAAUUCUUCCAUACGUAUGACAUUGAAGUUCUUACAGAAACACAGGUUGUCAAUGUUGACACAAAGAACAAGACGGUUGUUUUCAAGGAUGGAUUUCGAAUGGAAUACAACAAGCUGCUUAUAUCUCCUGGUAGUGAUCCCAAAACUCUUACCUGUAAAGGAAAAGAACUGGAUAAUGUAUUCACAUUACGAACCCCUGAAGAUGCAAACAGGGUGGUAAAGCUGGCAAUGGGAAGGAAUGCUGUGAUUGUGGGUGCAUCUUUCUUAGGCAUGGAAGUGGCAGCCUAUCUAUGUGAAAAAGCUCACUCUGUCUCUGUGGUAGAGAUGGAGAACAUCCCCUUUAAGAAAUUUUUAGGGGACAAGGUUGGGCUUGCAAUCAUGAAGAUGUUUGAAAGUAACAGAGUGAAGUUUUACAUGCAGACAGAAGUUUCUGAACUGAGGGAACAAGAAGGAAAGCUGAAAGAAGUGGUGCUGAAGAGUGGGAAAGUUCUACGAGCAGAUGUUUGUGUCAUUGGAAUAGGAGCAAGUCCAACAACAGGUUUUCUAAAACAGAGUGGUAUGACCAUUGAUUCCAAAGGAUACAUUCCUGUUAACAAGAUGAUGCAGACCAAUGUUCCCAGUGUCUUUGCUGCAGGAGAUGUUGUAACUUUCCCUCUGGCUUUCCGAAAUAACAAAAAAGUCAAUGUUCCUCAUUGGCAGAUGGCACAUAUGCAAGGUCGUAUAGCAGCUCUGAACAUGUUAGCUCAAGGUACAGAAAUCAAUACAAUUCCUUAUCUGUGGACUGCCAUGUUUGGGAAGAGCAUUCGCUAUGCAGGUAACGGAGAAGGAUUUGAUGAUGUUAUCAUUCAAGGAGAUAUUGAAGAGUUAAAAUUUGUGGCAUUUUACACACGUAAUGAUGAAGUCAUUGCAGUUGCCAGUAUGAAUUAUGACCCUAUAGUGUCCAAAGUAGCAGAAGUCAUGGCAUCAGGAAAAUCUAUACGCAAGCGGGAUGUUGAAACUGGUGAUAUCUCCUGGCUAACAGGGAAAGGCUCGUAGUCAAGGAUGGAACUAUAUCUCAGCGAAUAUGCAUGUGGAAUGGUGAUGC